AGUUUCUAGCAAAUCACUUCCGCAUACUGCAAUGUUGCACUUUUGUAGUCGAGGGAGGAGUGUUUGUAGGACCAUCUGUCACUGCUGACUAGGUUUCUCACUUCUCUGCUAUGUGCAGCCUCACACCUGCGCCACGCGGACACUCUUACUUAUUCUGUCUCUGCCUUACACCUGCGCCAACCUCAACUAGCUAGUUAGCUUUAGCAGCUAAGCCAGCUAGCUGGGGACCGGAAGUUAGCUUAGCCAAAACCGCGCUAGCUGGGCGCUAACAGGCAGGAAGACAACAACCGCCGGACAAAAGCCGCACUUCGGACAAAAGUGAGUAAACAAUAAGAUGCAGAGCUCCAGCGUGCCAUCACUGCCGUCCCGAAAGAGGAAACGAGAUGUCUCCAAUGUUGACAAUGAGGUGGCAGCGAAAAUUGGGAAAAUGGCCAGAUGUACUGUGGGGUUGAAGCACCCUGCACCUUUCGCCGAUGAGCUGGUACCAGCUAAUGCUCAGCCAUACCAGAGAGUCAACAUGGAGGAGGCCAAACGGGGAACACCCCCUGACCGGCCAGUGCGAGUGUAUGCAGAUGGUAUCUUUGAUGUCUUCCACUCAGGACACGCCAGGGCUCUAAUGCAGGCUAAAUGCCUCUUCCCCAAUACACACCUCAUAGUUGGAGUGUGCAGCGAUGACCUGACACACAAGUACAAGGGCUUCACAGUCAUGAACGAAGACGAGCGCUACGACGCUGUCUGUCACUGUCGCUACGUGGACGAAGUGGUGCGCAACGCCCCCUGGACGCUGUCGCCAGAGUUUCUGGCCAAACAUCGCAUUGACUUUGUGGCCCAUGAUGACAUCCCUUACUCCUCAGCCGGCAGUGACGACGUCUACAAGCACAUCAAGGAAGCAGGCAUGUUUGCUCCCACCCAGCGGACAGAAGGCAUCUCCACCUCUGACAUCAUCACACGUAUUGUCCGCGACUACGACGUGUACGUCAGGCGCAACCUGCAGAGGGGCUACACGGCCAAGGAGCUCAACGUCAGCUUCAUCAAUGAGAAGAAGUACCACCUGCAGGAGCGCGUGGACAAGGUGAAGAGGAAGGUACGUGACGUUGAGGAAAAGAGCAAAGAGUUUGUCCUCAAGGUGGAGGAGAAGAGUAUUGACCUCAUCCAGAAGUGGGAGGAGAAAUCCAGGGAGUUCAUUGGCAACUUCCUGCAGAUGUUUGGACCUGAGGGGGCGCUGAAGCACAUGCUGAAGGAGGGCAAAGGUCGCAUGCUGCAGGCCAUCAGCCCCCGCCAAAGCCCGAGCAGCAGUCCUGCCCGCGAGGAGCGCUCGCCCUCACCCACCUUCCGUCUGCCAUUCUUUAACAAGACCUCCCCGCCCCACUACAGCGGGGCACGGGGCUACCUGGUCAGCGAGGACGAUGAAGACGACGACAACUAAGUAGUACGGCCGGUUUUGAACCCGAGCUGUCAAGUAGCCAUGUUUUCCUCCAGAACCUUCUUUUGUCGACAUUUAGCACUUGGCAUCACACGACCAUCUUUCCUGUUCUUUUUGGCGCAGCCCCAAGUCCCGUCAAGUCUUUGCCGCCUUUCUUUGAUUCAAGUUGACUCUCAGGUCAUUGUACACUUUGUAAGGUUGGUUUUUAGGAGCGUCUUUCUUUUCAUGCCGAGGAGAGGCUCUUGCACAUGAAACUACAAACUGUGUGUUUAUUUUAGGAAAGAAAAGGUGAGUGUGUGCACGUCUGCAGGAGACUGAUCAUGCAUGAUGGAUCCCCUCAGCUGCAGCCAUCUUUAUGUUGCUUGUACACUGAUCUUAUUUGUGAUGAUCAAAGGACUCUUAAACCCUGUCUCCCUUUUAAAGAAAGUAUGUCACACAAGCACUAAUGAACCCCCAGAUGAUGAGCUCUCACUAAUUUGCAUCUUAGUUUCUAAAAGUGCGAGCCCUUUAGCUGAGAAUUACAUGGAAAUGUUUUCCGCAUCACUUUGUGUACUAAGAUCAAUUGUGUUGUACGUGCAGAAACACUAAUGUACAUCUGCAGUCUUGCAUUAACAUCUUUGUAAAGGCAGGUUUAUCCAACGUGAAAAACUGAAGAUGUUAGUCUAAGUCACUAAAACUUGUCAUCUCAGUCUGACUUGUCAACAACAAUAUUGUGUAUCAGCCACCAAGUGUAAAUGUUUUAAUAGCAAAUGUAUUUUAAUCAUCCUUUAUUUCACUUUUUUGUUUAAAGGCCCACAUGUGGAAGUUGGAAAUAAGAGGAAAGUAUUAAAUGUGUUGACCAAA